AUCAUCGACAAUCAGAAUAUUCAUAGCCAAAGGCCAAGAAACUAUAAUAAAUAAAAUGCUACUCCGAAGCUCUUCAACGCCACUGCUAAACUCAAGGCUUUCACACCACUACUGCAAGGACGUCUUCUCAUCAGCAUCGUCGUCGCCGGAGCCAGAAUCCAUACUGCACAUCAUCAGAUCAUCAUCAUCAUCAUCACUAUCAUCUGAUCAUGGUUCCAUCAAGAAAAUGUCAAGAACCCUUUCUGAAAACGAUCUCAAAGAUGUCAAAAAUCCGCCGUCGAGUACUGCUAAUAAGUCAAAGUGCAUGCGCAUGCAUGGCUUACUUUGGGGUGUUGCAGUUGACGAAGAGAAAGAUGAUGAGCUAUUGGUGAGCGAUGAAGUGGGACGACUCACGGAUCAGAGGUUGUUGUUGUCGAACUCAGGGUUGGAUUUAGAAGAGGGGUGUGAAGCUGGGAGGCUGGCGGAAGCUCUGGCGGUUGGGGGUGGCAGUGGAAGUGGUGGAGGAAGGAUUUGUCAGGGUGGCGAAGGAGGGUCUUGGGGUGGCGAUGGAAACGACAGCGGUGGUGGUUCGGAUUAUUGGGAUUCGGAUCAUAGACAUGAUAACACCGACGUCUAUUACCAAAAGAUGAUUGAAGCCAACCCGAGAAAUUCUCUGCUUCUUAGCAAUUAUGCAAGAUACUUGAAAGAGGUUCGUGGAGACUAUGUGAAAGCAGAAGAGUAUUGUGGAAGAGCGAUACUGGCCAGCCCCGGCGAUGGAACUGUUCUGUCAUUAUACGCCGACUUGAUAUGGCAGACGCAUAAAGAUGCAUCCCGUGCUGAGACUUACUUUGAUCGGGCACUUCAAGCUGCCCCUCAAGAUUGUUAUAUUAUGGCUUCAUAUGCUCACUUUCUGUGGGAUGCUGAGGGCGACGAUGAAGAUGAAGAAGAGUUGAAGGACAGAAAUGAUGCUAACAAGGGGUCACAACCAAGAAAUAUCUCCUUGGGGAUCAACGGUGGUGCUCCGCCAUCAGUACCUCCUCCUAUAGCAGCCGCUUCUUAAUAAUUUGUAGGCUAUACUGCUAGUAGUAUUUGCCUGAUCUGAUCCUCCUCCUCUGCUUGGUGCCCUCUUAGUUUCCCCGUUCUGUUCCAUUCAACUAGUCACAGCUGCUAAUUUUUGUAUAACCUAGAGAUUUUGUACUGUACCCGACUCUGGAGCUAAUUAGU